UUUUGCUUACAAGAAAUUGAGCAAAGAAUUGCUUAAGCCUUUUACUUGGGCAUUUUUCGUCAUUUAUUGUACUUUAUCCUCUCCCUCUCUCUCAAAUCUACUUGGUGAAAUCCUGUGUCCAGAACUAGUGCUUCAGAAAGAUGGCAGUUUCAAUGACUACCCUCACAUCUUCCUUAUCUUCUCUCUCCUUCUCUUCGAAGAUUUCCCCUGAACCCCACGCCGCCCUCUCCUUUUCCCGAUCGAAGAACCCUCUUUUAUCCUCAACCGCGAAUGUCAAAACCACCGCAAGGCUCGGCGUUAAGGCUUCCUCCGCCGCCGUGGCUGAGCCCUCGGAGGCGGUGGAUGUAGAAGAGCCUGUCAAUCUGAUGAAGUACGUCAAGUCAAGGCUCCCUGGUGGCUUCGCCGCUCAAACCAUAUUCGGAACCGGCCGUAGAAAAUGCGCCAUUGCUCGAGUCGUUCUCCAGGAAGGCACCGGAAAAGUCAUCAUCAAUUACCGUGACGCAAAUGAGUAUCUUCAAGGAAAUCCAUUGUGGGUUGACUAUGUGAAAUACCCAUUGAUGGCUUUAGGAUAUGAAACCAGUUACGAUGUAUUUGUGAAGGCACAUGGUGGUGGUCUUUCUGGGCAAGCUCAAGCAAUCUCUCUUGGCAUUGCACGCGCGUUGCUCAAGGUCAGCGAGAUCCACAGGGCACCUCUGAGGAGGGAAGGUCUUCUGACCAGAGACUCGAGAGUGGUUGAGAGGAAGAAAGUUGGUCUCAAGAAAGCUAGAAAAGCCCCGCAAUUCUCUAAGCGUUAAGGUUUGUAUAGGUGAAUUGUGGAGAACUAAUUUUUCUUUUCCAUUUACCCUGAACUUUUCAUCUGUAUAACUGCUAUAUUGUAUUUAAAAUCCAAUUUGUAAUAAUUCUUCUUGAGAUGAUCAAUGUCGGGAGUUAAGGAAGUUUGGGUGUGGAACUCCAAA